AUGUUAUCACCGAAAUGGCGAAGAACAAUAUCAAGAUUGUUCCUAAUUCCCCAGCGGUAUGUUCUCGGCAUCAUGGGCUUGUUGGCUGUGUGCAACGCUUACACGAUGCGAGUAUGUCUCAACCUGGCAGUCACCCAGAUGGUCAACAACACAAAGUCUCAAGAGUCCCACUAUGAUCCAAACGCAUGUCCUGACGACUCCGAUCUCCUAGUCAAUGGCACUGUUAGCUCAAAACCGCAUGCCAUAUUCGAUUGGUCGGAGUCGACCCAAGGGUUGAUACUCAGCGCAUUUUACUACGGGUAUGCUAUAACGCAUGUCCCUGGAGGAUACUUGGCUGAACGCUACGGAGGAAAAUGGACCUUGGGCAUUGGACUUUUGAGUACAGCUCUGUUUACACUUUUGACGCCAGUAGUUGUAAAAGCGGGUGGUGCUACGUGGCUUUUUAUUUUGAGAGUACUGCAAGGAAUGGGAGAGGGUCCAACAAUGCCAGCGCUUAUGAUAGUUCUAGCUCGAUGGGUACCGCCACAUGAACGAUCUCGCCAGGGAGCACUAGUAUUCGGUGGAGCACAAAUAGGGAACAUAUUUGGAUCUUUUAUGUCUGGUUUCCUCAUGGCUGGCGAUGGUGACUGGGCCAAUGUGUUUUACUUCUUCGGCUGCUUUGGUAUCCUGUGGUUCUUAGCUUGGAGCCUCCUAUGCUAUAGUACACCUAAUACGCAUCCAUACAUAUCCGAUGAAGAGCUCAAAUACCUAAACGAAACUGUAACCAGUGCUGAUACGAAGAGCGUCAGAGAUCCUGUACCGUGGAAGGCUAUUGUCAGAUCUGUUCCUGUAUGGGCAUUGUUGUUUGCUGCUGUAGGCCAUGACUGGGGUUAUUAUACAAUGGUCACAGAUCUACCUAAAUAUAUGACAGAUGUGCUAAAAUUCAAUAUAGCAGCAACAGGAACUUUGACUGCUAUGCCCUAUCUUGCUAUGUGGGUGUGUUCCUUUAUAUUCGGCUGGGUGUGCGAUGUUUGUGUGAAAAGAAAAUGGCAUUCAAUAAAGACUGGAAGAAUCAUUCAUACCACUGUCGCUGCUACGGGGCCGGCCAUCUGUAUCAUAUUGGCGUCCUACUCCGGUUGCGACCGCUAUGCAGCUGUCGCGUAUUUCAUCGCGUCAAUGGCUCUCAUGGGUGGCUUUUAUAGCGGUAUGAAGGUUAAUGCAUUAGAUCUGGCUCCAAAUUACGCCGGGUCCUUGACUGCAAUGAUUAACGGUACUUCGACUAUAUCUGGUAUCAUCACACCAUACCUUAUAGGGCUCUUAACACCCGACGUGAGUAUUUUCUACAUUAUUAGAGUGAUAGGAAGAGUAGCUCGGUGGUGUAGUGGAUAA